GGGGCGGGGUGCGAGGCGGCCGCUGCCGUUGCGGCCCCCGCAGGAGGCCCCGUGGAGGGGGGCUGAAGGGCCAGUGCUGCUGCUGGGUCUGCGGGCGCCAUGGAGCAUCGCCCUUUCUGCUGUAGCGUGAAAGGCUUUGUGAAGAUGCUGCGGCUGAAUGCCCCGUCUUCUCUUCCAACCUUGUUUUUAUCAAGGCCCGCCCUAGAGGCGAGGCAUCCCAGCGGGAAGGAGAGCGAUAAGGCACUGUCUUUGCACACUCAUAAAGCAAAGUCAGCCUACUUACCUGGAUGGCCUGCACUUGGACCCCAAGCCAGGUCCCCAGGCUUCCAGGUGAGGCAGCUGCACUUGUACCACUCAGAAGCCAGCAAGGCACUAACUGCGACAUCUAUGACACUUUUCAUCCUCACACAGGCCCCCGAACCAUACAUUGUUAUCACUGGAUUUGAAGUCACCAUUAUUUUAUUUUUCAUAAUUUUAUAUAUGCUCAGACUUGAUCGAAUAAUUACCUUUCUAUUUUGGCCUUUGCUUGAUAUUCUCAACUCACUGGUAGCAGCAAUAUUCAUGAUAAUCAUAUCUGUGUUGGCACUGAUACCAGAAACCACGAAAUAUACAGUCCUUGGAGGGGUGUUCGGCCUCCUGGCGGUGGUGUGCUGCAUCGCGGACGCGGCUCUCAUUUACCGGAAGCUUCUCUUUAACCCAAGCGGUCCCUAUCAGAAAAAAGCUAUUCACGACGAAAUAUAAAUUGUGUCAUUGUAUAGACCUGCCCAGUAUUA